AUGGCUCGGGCUGCCGCGUAUGUUCGAGCUCGUCUGAAAAACCUCGUUACUGGAGCCACAAUUGACCACAACUUUCGCUCAGAUGAAAAGCUGCAGAUCCCCGAAAUCACUGUAGUCGAAGCGACCUUCACGGGAAUCAGAUCUGGGAGCGGCGGAUCCGCGGGGAAAAAAGGCGGGAGCAAACAGAAGAACACCGAAUCAGCAAUCAUGGAUGAAGCACUACGGGCGGCGGGAAUGGAUAAGACUGGGGACCUGCGUAGCAGGGACAUGACCCUGGUUUUUAUGAACAAAGAGACAUGGGACGAGCUUCUUGUCACCAACAGGGAUGUGGUCGAACGUAUUACGGGUUUCCUUAAAGAAGGCAUGGACGUCCGGUUUGGUCUAUGGGAAGAAAAGGUCGUCGACAUCGCUCUCCCUGCGACGGAGACCUACACUGUGACGGAAAUAUCGGGGAAGUCGGAGCAUUCAAGAGGAAACCCUGGCCGAAAACAGGCAAUCCUCGAGACUGGUGCCCGCGUUUCGGUGCCCCAUUUCGUUGAGGCUGGCGAUCGCAUAGUUGUGCGCACGAGUAACGGCGACUUCGUCAGGCGAGGUUCCUGA